AUGACGGCGCCGCUUCGUCCACAGUACUUCUGCGCCAGACCUAAUGGUACUCUCGUCCCUCUUGUUGCAGUCGACGAGCUACCCGGCCAUGUCAACAUCCGUGGUGCUCCGCGUGUUCUCUCGCCAGGAGACACGCAGGGUAUGACCAGUCUUGGUACUGUGGCCCCUCGCUGCCAGUACUAUAUUGUGGAUGGUGCUGCCCCCUCAUAUAUCCGCUACCACCAGACCGGUAAUGGCAGUGGAAAUGGAAAUGGCAACGGCUCCGGCCAGCGCGGCAGAGGCUAUGAGAACCAGGUAGCGGCUCCAAGAUACGUGCCUGAGGAGAAUGGCAUGGGCGCUCAGCGUCUCGCUUCGCAGACCAUGUAUCAGCCGAGCAACACUCAGAACUGGGUGAUGGCCAACCCACCCGCUAAACAUGGUUGGCUGGUCCCCGCAAAUGUAGGUGCGGGUGCUGGACACGCGGCUGCCAAUUCUGCUGGAAACAAUAGACAGAGUGGUCAUCCGAAGAAAGAAUACUGUUCUUACUGGAUCCGUCAUGGCGAGUGUGACUAUCAGCAGCAAGGCUGUCUUUUCAAGCACGAGAUGCCUACCGAUCGCGCCAUGCUCGAGAAGCUGGGGCUCCGGGAUAUCCCUCGCUGGUACCGCGACAAGUACGGCGUCCCAAGCAUCCUCUCUGCUGGAGGCAACCAGUCCCGUGACUCGCGUGCUCAGACCAACAGUGGCCAGGGCCACGAUGACAGUCAAGAACGUGGUGCUCUUAAGGCCACUCACCAUGCAGCUCGUCUGGCGCUCAAUGCAGCGGCUGAGAAGGUGGAUGCCGAAAAGACCAGCAAGAGCAAGAGCGCUGCUCUUAUGCCUCUCGCCCUCCCCGGCAAACCGAUGCUUUCCUCGAAUGCGAGCUCUCCUCGGGGCCCUGUAUCCUCUCGCGGAUCCAAACAGGCCUCCAACGUACAGAUGCAGAGCCUCGCAUCCAGUGUUCGCGGUCAAGCUCCUCAAGCCCAGGCACAUACCUCCAGCCCCCAAAACCGCAUCCCUACUGCGCACAACCAGACUUCCAAGAAGAUCGAUCUGCUCUCGUUUGACCCUGCCCCUGAUUAUGCGUCUCUUGAACUGAACUGUGCCAGCCAAAGAGAGGUGAACGGCUCCGAGGCCAAGGAGCGCGUGAAGCGUGAGGAGUUCCUGCGUAACUUGCAUGGAAUGUUUAUUAGCACCACUGCGCCUGCCAAUGCCAGCUCGAUUACCAGCCCGGUCGACUUUCUGGCGACCCAGAACCGCACCAAGCGCUCGCAGCCAAAGUCUCGUCGCCUGUACCAGCCACGAACCGACAUGCCAAACAUGAACAUGGACACGGAUGGGCUGGGGACUAGCAAGAUGCUCCGCCCCAGCGCAAUCCUCUACACCGCCGCGGAGGCAAUCGCCAAAGAGACUGGCGUGAAUCCCCUUCUCGCGAGCCCCGGCACCGGCUUCAUCCACGGAAGUGUUCGAUCCUCCGAAUCCCCCAUCCGCGGCGCCUCCUCGACCCAGUCUUGCGCUUCGUCGUCUGAACCUAGCCCUCGUGUCUACGGCGGCCGCAUCAAGAACGAAGGCGAGGCGAAGCCCCUGCUCCCUCCCAUCGGUACCUUCACCCACAGAAACCCUGCCAUUCUCAAGCGCCCUGCCGUCACCUCCGCCGAGGAUCUUUUCGACAUGGGCAUGGGACGUGCGAAGUAA